UGUGUGCCUGACAGGUGAGCCGGGUGCCAGCACCAGACUGCUGCUUGGACCACGGCAAUAACCAAUACGGCGUCCAUGGAGCUGUGUGGUCCCAACAUGAGCGAGAGUGAAGGCUCCCUCUGCCAGGUGAAGCAGCUUCCCCGCCACGGCGUCUCCCUUUGCCGCCUGCGGGCCGGCGUGCGGCCCCCGCGCAACUUUCCCCCUCGCGCCCACACGUCCCGGGGCGACCGGGCGCCCGCCGCCCUCCGCCGGCGGCCCGACGGAGACGCGGCGUCCCGCGGGGCCCCAAAAGCGGGCCGGCGGGGCUCCUCUGGCGGCACGGUGCUGGUGACCGGAGGUGGGGGGUACUUCGGCUUCAGGCUGGGGAGGGCGCUGGCUGCCCGGGGCAUGUCUGUGAUCCUCCUGGACAGGAGCGAGCCUUCUUGGGACAUUCCUGAUGGAGCGCUCUUCUAUCAGAGCGACAUCCGGGAUUAUUCGUCUCUCUUCGACGUAUGCGAGGGGGUCGACUGCGUGUUCCAUUCCGCAUCUUACGGCAUGUCCGGCCCGGAACAGCUGAGGAAAGAGCAGGUGGAGUCCGUCAACGUGGGUGGGACCACUAACGUCAUAAAUGUGUGCAAAGAAAGGAGCAUCCCCCGGCUGGUGUACACCAGCACCACCAAUGCGGUAUUCGCGGGGGAGCCCAUUGAGGAUGGCGACGAGGCCUCGGUCCCCCGCGUGCCCCCCGACAUGCACAUUGAUCACUACUCCAGGACGAAAGCCAUCGCGGAGCAGAUGGUCCUUUCUGCCAACGGGUGCGCCCUCAAAGGCGGCGGUCUGCUGAGGACCUGCGUCUUGCGGCCUUGCGGCAUCUACGGCCCCGAAGAGCGCAGACACCUACGCAGAGUGAUGGUGAACGUGGAGCGUCGCUUGUUCAGUUUCAGUUUCGGCGAUCGGAGGGCCAGGAUGAACUGGGUCCACGUGGACAACCUGGUUCUGGCCCACACGCUGGCCGCGGACGCUCUCGCCGUGAAGCGGAGCUGCGUCGCUAGCGGACAGGCUUACUUCAUCAACGACGGACUUUCAGUUAACCUCUUUGAGUGGUUAACACCUCUAUUUGAGAGAUUGGGCUACAGCAGGCCGUUGAUAAACCUGCCAGUUUCUCUCGUCUAUUCAGCAGCCAUUCUGGUGGAAUACUUGCACAUAUUCCUGAGACCGGCGAUCGAGGUGCCGCUCCUGUUCACCAGAAGUGAAGUGAGGAACAUAGCAGUAAGCCACACCUUCAAGAUAGACAAGGCCCGCAGAGAGUUGGGCUACCGUCCCAAAUCCUACAGCCUGGCGGACUCCGUGGAGCAGUACCUGAAAUCCCGACAGGCCCGCUCGGGUUCGCCUCCGGUCCGCCGGGCCCCCCGGCCGCACGGACCCCGCGCGGCGCUGCUGAUGAAGCUGCUGACGGCGUUGGGAAUGCUGCUCGUCAUGUUGAGCUGCAUGCCGUGUAAGAGCCUCGCUGGCUGAACACCAACAUCGUACAAUGUUUCUGGAGUAUGCUCACCUCACGUUAACUCGUGUACACACAAUCAAAUAUGUCAGCAGUGGCCACAGUCUAAUGUGAGCUUCCAUUGUGCCUUAGAAAAGAUUAUUUUGUUUUAUAAUUUGGAUUUGUACUCUUUCAAUUGCUAAUUCUUAAUUCUUUAUUUAUUUAUAUUAUUAAAUGAGUUUUAAUUUCAUUUCUAUUUUGAUUUGAU